UGACAACCUGUUAUCGUCAUGUUAUCGUAAUAAACAAGCAGGCUAAUUAACAUACCUGCAGAUAUUCCAGUUGGUCUUAAAUAAACACCUCGCUUUUAUAAGUAUCACAUUUCUGGUGCCACACGUUUCAUCAGUUCGUUCGAAAUAUGGAAGAAUUAAAGUAUCUAUCCGGCUUCGGUUCGGAAUUCUUAAGUGAAGAUCCGAGAAGGCCCGGUGCCCUACCUGCAGGUCAGAAUAGUCCACAAAAAUGUCCGUACGGAUUGUACGCGGAACAGCUAUCUGGCAGCGCUUUUACAGCUCCGAGACAUGAUAACAAACGGUCCUGGCUAUAUAGAAUCCACCCUUCAGUAAUUCACAAACCGUUCAAACGUACCACCGUUGCGAAAUAUCUAACACACAGGUGGGAUGAUGUUGAACAAGAUCCGAAUCAGUGUCGCUGGCUUCCCUUUGAUUUACCGUCAGCAGAACAAGUAGACUUUGUGGCGGGACUGCACACAGUGUGCGGCGCAGGCGAUCCUCGCGCCAGACACGGCAUCGCCAUUCACGUGUACUUGUGCAACACUUCGAUGGACAAAAGUGCUUUUUACAGCAGCGAUGGAGAUUUACUUAUCGUGCCACAACAUGGAACCAUAAAUAUAACAACGGAAUUUGGAAAAAUGGUAGUGUCUCCAAACGAAAUCGCUGUCGUACAACUUGGAAUGCGAUUCGCAGUAGCGGUGGAAGGACCAUCUAGAGGAUAUAUUUUGGAGGUAUUCGAUGGGCACUUCAAGCUACCUGAUCUAGGACCAAUAGGUGCUAAUGGUUUGGCAAAUCCGCGAGACUUUCUUACACCAGUGGCACAUUAUGAAGAUAAGGACAUACCUGGUUUCAAAAUUCUGAACAAGUACCAGGGCGCCAUAUUCGAGGCGAACCAGGAUCACUCUCCAUUUGAUGUAGUGGCAUGGCACGGGAAUUACGUGCCCUACAAGUACGACCUCAGCAAGUUUAUGGUCAUCAAUUCGGUUUCAUUCGACCAUUGUGAUCCGUCAAUAUUCACCGUAUUGACAUGCCCUUCAACGAAGCCAGGCGUAGCCAUAGCAGACUUCGUCAUCUUCCCACCACGCUGGUCCGUCCAAGAGAAUACUUUUAGACCUCCUUAUUAUCAUCGUAAUUGUAUGAGUGAAUUCAUGGGUCUCAUCUUGGGUUCAUACGAAGCCAAGGAGGGAGGCUUUCUGCCUGGCGGUGCGUCUCUGCAUUCCAUGAUGACUCCACACGGACCAGACACAAAAUGCUUUGAAACUGCUUCAAAAGCGGAACUAGCCCCCCAAAAAAUCGCAGUUGGCACUCAGGCGUUUAUGUUUGAAUCUUCACUAAGCAUGGCCAUCACGAAAUGGGGCAUCGAAACCUGCCAAAAACUAGAUGCGAAGUACUACGAAUGCUGGCAAGAGUUACCCAAGCUUUUCUCUGAUAAAAUAAAUGUUUAAAGAUAUAUAACAUUAUUUUUAUGCAUAAAUAAAUUUUAGUUACAAAUCGAA